AUGGGUGAGUGGCCAGCAGAAAGUGAUUGGCAGCUGCCAUGUCCACGUGCUUUGAGCUUCGAACCAGCUUUCGCGAGAAUUCGAUGUUUAAGGAAUGAAGCUAUGGCUACAGAUUCUCCCAGAAGACCCAGUCGUUGUACUGGUGGAGUUGUGGUUCGCCCCCAGGCUGUUACGGAGCAGUCCUACAUGGAAAGUGUUGUGACUUUUCUACAGGAUGUUGUUCCGCAGGCUUACAGUGGAACACCUCUAACAGAAGAAAAGGAGAAAAUAGUCUGGGUCAGAUUUGAAAAUGCAGAUUUAAAUGAUACAUCGAGAAAUCUGGAAUUUCAUGAAAUACAUAGCACUGGGAAUGAGCCGCCUCUGCUGAUUAUGAUCGGCUACAGUGAUGGAAUGCAGGUCUGGAGCAUUCCGAUCAGUGGGGAAGCACAGGAGCUCUUUUCUGUUCGACAUGGCCCCAUUCGAGCGGCGAGAAUCUUGCCUGCUCCACAGUUUGGUACUCAAAAGUGUGACAACUUUGCUGAAAAAAGGCCCCUCCUUGGUAUUUGUAAGAGCACUGGAUCUUCUGGCACAAGUCCACCUUACUGUUGUGUAGAUCUAUAUUCGCUUCGUACUGGGGAGAUGGUCAAGUCUAUUCAGUUUAAAACACCUAUCUAUGAUCUCCAUUGCAACAAACGGAUCCUCGUUGUAGUCUUGCAGGAGAAAAUUGCUGCCUUUGAUAGCUGUACUUUCACAAAAAAGUUUUUUGUCACAAGCUGCUAUCCUUGUCCAGGGCCCAACAUGAAUCCUAUUGCUCUUGGAAGCCGCUGGCUUGCUUAUGCAGAAAACAAGCUGAUUCGAUGUCAUCAGUCCCGUGGUGGAGCCUGUGGAGACAACAUUCAGUCUUACACUGCCACAGUCAUUAGUGCUGCUAAAACAUUGAAAACUGGUCUGACAAUGGUCGGGAAAGUGGUGACUCAGCUGACAGGCACACUGCCUUCAGGUGUGACAGAAGACGAUGUUGCCCUCCAUAGUAAUUCAAGGCGGAGUCCUUUGGUUCCAGGCAUCAUCACAGUAAUUGACACUGAAACAGUUGGAGAGGGCCAGGUGCUUGUGAGCGAGGAUUCUGACAGUGAUGGUAUUGUGGCCCACUUUCCUGCUCAUGAAAAACCAGUGUGCUGUAUGGCGUUUAAUACAAGUGGAAUGCUUCUAGUCACAACAGACACCCUUGGUCAUGACUUUCAUGUCUUCCAAAUUCUGACUCAUCCUUGGUCUUCAUCACAAAGUGCUGUCCAUCAUCUAUAUACUCUUCACAGGGGAGAAACUGAAGCCAAAGUAAGUUGUAUAUUUUUUAGGAGGUUGUGUGUGUGUGUGUGUGUGUGUGUGUGUGUAUGUGUGUGUGUGUGUGUGUGUAAUAUGACAUCUAAUUUAGCUGGUUAUUUAUGUCAUAUUGGAGCUUAUUCUCCAGAGUUCCUGGAAGUGUCUCCUUUCCCAUCAGCUCAUUGUUCCUCAGGGGAGGAGUCCUUUUUGAGUCACAGAGUUUGGCAUCUGAAUUCCAGAUUCUCCUUCUUCCAAGUGGAGCUGGUUGAUGAGACCGAGACCUCUAGAGGGGCCUCCGAGUUCUUGGACUUGAAGCCUCCAGGUUUUAGCGAAGUACUUUUAAAUAACUGGAGAUGUCCCUUGGUGAUGCUUUUCUUUGUUUUUCUCUUUGUAGGGAAACUAAACAGCCAAGACUCCUACAAUAAUUUUGCCAACAACAACCCUGGCAACCCCCGGCUCUCUCCUCUCCCCAGCUUGAUGGUACUGAUGCCUCUUGCACAAAUCAAGCAGCCAAUGACGUUGGGGACCAUCACCAAACGAACAGGGCCUUAUCUGUUUGGAGCGGGGUGUUUUUCCAUAAAAGCUCCAUGCAAAGUUAAACCACCUCCACAAAUUUCACCCAGCAAAUCGAUGGGCGGAGAAUUUUGUGUGGCUGCAAUGUUUGGGACAUCCAGAUCGUGGUUUGCAAAUAAUGCAGGUCUGAAAAGAGAAAAAGAUCAGUCCAAACAAGUUGUAGUUGAGUCUCUCUACAUUAUUAGCUGCUAUGGGACCUUAGUGGAGCACAUGAUGGAACCACGGCCGCUCAGCACCGCCCCCAAGAUUAGUGAUGACACCCCACUGGAAGUAAUGACCUCACCUCGAGCCAGCUGGACUCUGGUUAGAACUCCUCAAUGGAAUGAAUUGCAGCCACCAUUUAAUGCAAACCACCCUCUGCUCCUCGCUGCAGAUGCCGUCCAGUAUUAUCAGUUCCUGCUUGCUGGCCUGGUUCCCCCUGGAAGUCCGGGGCCCAUUACUCGGCACGGGUCCUAUGACAGUUUAGCUUCUGACCAUAGUGGACAGGAAGAUGAAGAAUGGCUUUCUCAGGUAGAAAUUGUAACGCACACUGGACCCCACAGACGUCUGUGGAUGGGUCCACAGUUCCAGUUCAAAACCAUCCAUCCCUCAGGCCAAACCACAGUCAUAUCAUCCAGUUCAUCUGUGUUGCAGUCUCACGGUCCAAGUGAUACUCCACAGCCCCUUUUGGAUUUUGAUACAGAUGAUCUCGAUCUCAACAGUCUCAGGAUCCAGCCGGUCCGCUCUGACCCAGUCAGCAUGCCAGGGUCAUCCCGUCCAGUCUCUGAUCGAAGGGGAAUUUCCACCGUGAUUGAUGCUGCCUCAGGGACCUUUGACCGGAGCGUGACCCUGCUCGAGGUGUGCGGGAGCUGGCCCGAGGGCUUCGGGCUGCGGCACAUGUCCUCCAUGGAGCACACGGAGGAAGGCCUGAGGGAGCGGCUCGCCGAUGCCAUGGCCGAGUCACCGAGCCGGGACGUGGUGGGAUCCGGAACAGACACAGCCCUUGACGUAGCAGUAAAAAACACCACCCCUGAGAGACACGUGGCUGUGAAGUAUGUUGAACUACAGCGAGAGGGAAGCAUCGAGACUCUGAGUAACAGCUCGGGUUCUACCAGCGGCAGCAUCCCAAGAAACUUCGAUGGCUACCGAUCUCCGCUGCCCACCAAUGAGAGUCAGCCCCUCAGCCUCUUCCCUACCGGCUUCCCGUAGUACCAGCAGUCUGCUUCUGACUGGCCAGCCCACUCGCCUGCUGGAGGGAGGGGGAGAAGCCCCCCUCUUGGCCCUACCCUUCAGUCUCUGCUCUCUUUCACCAACCACCUUCCCCAAGCUUGGUGACAACAGCCACCCACCCUCCCUGGAUGGAGAAGAGCCCCUUCUCCCAAGCACCUUGGCGCACUCUGACCUCUGUCCCCCAUCCGCGGGGCUGUGGCUGAAGGACACUCUGCAGAAGCUCUGUCCCCUCCUCCGUUGGCACAUGAUGUCCUGCAUUGGAUCCGCUUUUGUAUUUUCUAACCAUCCCCACGGGGGGGGCCUGGAAGGGGAGAGAGUGGAUGGCCCGGCUGGGCAUUUUGACCCUGAGCGGACAGCCCCAGCCCACUCGUGGCUAUGAGAUGCACUGCCCAGUUUCCCUCGGCCAACCUCCCUCUGGCGUGAGGUAAACUGAGGCCGAGUAUUAGGGAAGGAGGAAGGAAGGAGAAGCCCCCCCCUUCCUCUUUCCUUUCCCCUUUGGCUCAUGGGAAGGAUUUGUCUUUCUUGUCUGUAAGCCCUUUUACCCUGGUCCUGUACUGUCCAGUGAAGGAAACCGUGGCUACUAAGGCCCUGUCCAAAAGUGCACGUCUUGUCCAAUAAAUCACGCUACAAUUGGUGUCCA